GGCCAAUUAGAAGAUACGUAUAGAUGAAAUAAACGUUUUGAUCAGACGUUUCCACGAAAACAGGAUUCGAACUAGGCUUACAUUCUACUGAAAAGUGCUUAGAACAAAGGCGCGGUUUUCGUAGAUUGCGUCACUUCACGGUUUUGCUUACUCAUGUUCGACCCAUAUGCAUCUAAUGGAGGGACAGUCAUGGGAAUUGCUGGGAAAGAUUUUGCCUUGAUUGCUUCAGACACCCGUCUUAGUGAUGGGGGUUUUGUUAUCCUCUCUAGGAAUUCCCCACGAUUGUUCAAAAUGGGUCCCGGUAAUAUUCUUGGAUGCACUGGUUUUCAUGGGGAUGUACUGACUUUGACUAAGCUGUUAGAGAAUAAAGUUAAAACCUACCGGUACGAUCAUGGAAAAGAUAUUUCUACAAAGGCUCUAGCUGGUCUCUUAUCUGUAACUCUGUACAACAGACGUUUCUUCCCAUUCUAUGUGGGCAAUGUAUUGGUUGGACUUGAGGAAGGGCGUGGCGUUCUGUACAGUUACGAUCCAGUCGGGUCAUACGAAUCUGAAGGAUACAGAGCCUCAGGAAGUUCUGCGGCAAUAUUGCAACCAUUUUUGGACAGCACGGUUGGGAAUAAAACUUCGAAAUAUCAUGCAUCAAAUUUAGACAAGGAAACGGCUAUUAAACUUGCUCACGAUAUCUUUAUUAGUGCUGCAGAAAGAGAUAUUCAGUGUGGUGAUAGUGUUGUCAUUCAUACUGUUACAAAGGAUGGUGUUAGUGAAGUCUCCUUUCCACUGAGACGUGACUGAAAUAAAUGGUUGUUUUUGAAAAUUCUGUUUAUUUACAAUAUAACCAGUAAAUUUUUUACUAUAAAUUUCAUUAUUUAGUUUGUU